GUGCCACCGGGUGGAAGCAGCCCUUUACUGACACAGGAAACAGCUCAGAAAGCCCAGCCAAGCUGAACUUUGUCACAUGCUGCAGAUGUCCCUCGCUGUUCUGUGGUAGAAUGGAGGCCGAGCAAUACUUGUUAAGGAUCGGCUGCUCCGGCCCGGUGUCACCAACCCUGGCCACACUGCAGCUCAUCCACCACAAGCACCUGCUGUCUGUGCCCUUCGAGAACUUGACCAUCCACUGCGGGGGGCAGAUCCUGUUGGAGCUGCCCUGGAUUUAUGACAAAAUCGUGACACAGCACCGGGGUGGGUUCUGCUUCGAGAACAAUGGGCUUUUCUCCUGGCUGCUGUCCCAGCUGGGGUUCGAGGUCACCCUCCUGUCCGCACAGGUCCGGAACAGCAUCACUGGCCGCUACGGCCCCCCCUUUGACCACCUGAUCAUCCAGGUGGUCCUAGAGGGGCGCAGGUGGCUCUGCAACGUAGGCUUCGGAGCCGGGUUCCAGCUUCCUCUGUCACUGGAGACCGGAGAGCCCCAGCAGCAGGGAGAUGGGCUGUAUCGCGUCCGACACCGGGGGGAGACUCUCUUCCUGGAGACCGCGAGGGAGAAGCCGGGGGAAGGAGAGGGGGGAGAAGGCCAAGGGGCCUGGACAGAGCUGUACAAGUUUACCCUGCAGCCACGCCGCCUGGAGGAGUUCAAAGCGAUGUGCUGGUACCAUCAGAGCUCCCCCAGCUCGAUCUUCUUCUGCAAGUCACUCUGCUCCCUCCUGCUGCCCGGCGGCAGGCUCAGCUACAUGGGCCGCAGGCUGAUCACCACGCACUCUCCACCGGGGGAGGGAGGAAACGGGACGAGGACCGUAGUGGAGCUGUCCGACGGAGAGAUCCCCGCUGUUCUGAGAGAGAGGUUCGGCAUCGAGCUGCCCGGUCCCCUCACUCCAAAAGACGAGAACAUAGUUCCACCUCCUCCCAUUUACUAACACCAGCCACACCCCUGCUGCAGGAACACGCUGCGUAUCGUUCUGAUCAGCUUGGAUAAAGCAUGGUUACGCGACGAAUCUGAAAUACUGCUUUCCUUCUGAAGCACAAUCAAUAAUGCUCCCUACACUAGCCAAGCCCAUCGGCGAGUGUAGGUGAGGAUCAAAUAUACUUUCAAGUGUAGUUUUAAAAAAUGAUUAAGAAAUUCUUAAAACUAAUCAAAAUAGUCCUGUUUUAUAACCUUCCCUCAAUUGCCAUUGUAAAUAUUUACACAUGAAAGCCACUGCCUUGGGUCAGCAAUAGACUUGUUUGUCGCCAGCCAGCAAUUUCAUUCUUGGGUCAGAAAUGGUUUAUCUUGUUGAAACGCAAUGUGGGGACAGGCUAAAAAAAGUGAUCGAACAGCUCUAUAAUAAACUCACGGUCCCGGCGAAAAUGACAACAGAA